CGUGAUUUGAAGUUAAGAGGAGAUCUCUGUGUAUGUUGCUGUGCACAAUGGCUAAGCAGAGAAAUCUGGGGUUGGUUACUGCUGCAAUUUUGCUUUUUGGGGUUCUAUUCUUUCAAGCUUUUGCCCGCACUGAUGAUCUCCAAGUUCAAGCACUGAGAGAUUUGUACAGAGCUCUAAACAGCCCUACUGAACUUAAGAAUUGGAAAUUAGAGGGAGGUGAUCCUUGUGAAGAAUCAUGGACUGGGGUUUCUUGCUAUCAAUCAUCAGUAAUUGAGAUUAAACUUCAAGGGUUAAAUCUUACUGGUAAUAUUGGAGAUCAACUUGUUAGUCUACAACAUUUGAAACACCUAGAUCUUAGCUCUAACCAAUUUCAUGGCGAGAUACCAAAUAGCUUGCCACAUAAUCUCACAGACUUAAAUUUGGCAUGCAAUAACUUUACUCAAAGCAUUCCCGCUUCUGUGAGUUCAAUGAAACAUCUCAGGCACCUAAAUAUGAGCCAGAACCUACUGUCUGGACCACUGGCAGAUGUCUUUGGGGGCUUGGACAAUCUUAUAAUGAUGGAUCUGUCACACAACAAGUUCAGUGGAGAUUUACCUGCUUCAUUUCGAGCUCUGAAGAACCUUACAAAAUUGUAUCUUCAGAGCAAUGAAUUCACUGGAUCAGUAAUUUUUCUGGCUGACCUUCAUCUACAUGACCUGAACAUUGAAGAUAAUCAUUUUAGUGGUGUUAUUCCUGGGAGCUUUCAAAAUAUAAACAACUUAUGGAUUGGGGGUAAUCGGUUUCACAGUGGAGGAGCAGACUAUCUUCCCUGGAAGUUUCCUACUGAUGUUAUGCCCAAUAUUUCUAGUCCUCCAACAACAAAAUCAAGUGCCAUUGAGAAAUAUCCUUCUCAUGAAACAGGAGACAACAGAAAGAAAAGACCAGGCUCUGGAGGAAUAGUUAUUAUGGUUGUUGGAGCUGUACUGACUGUAUUUGGUGCAGCAGUCUAUAUCACUUUUCGGAUUCGUCGAUCCCAAAAACAGACACUCGACAGCAUAAGAGGCAGCAUAAGUUCAUUGCAGUCUCUUCCAAUCAGUGCACCCCAAGUCACCACUGGUCCUUUAGCUGCUCAAUACGAUAGCCCAGAUUCCUCCAGCAGUGACUCUCCUCCACUGAUUUCCUCAUGGCAAUUGCCACCUGCACCGACCAUGACUCUGAAAAUGUCAAAAAGAAGAAGUUUCUCCAAGAAGUGCAAAAUCCCAAUAUGUGCCAAACACUAUACAGUAGCAGAGUUGCAGUUGGCCACAAGUAAUUUCAGUCCCGGUAAUCUGCUUGGUGAAGGAACCCUUGGUUCUGUUUAUAGAGCAGAUUUCCCUGAUGGACAGAUUCUGGCUGUCAAGAACAUUAAAACUGUAGCACUCUCCAUAACUGAGGAAGAACAAUUUAUGGAUGUGAUUCGAACUGCAUCCCGUUUGAGGCACCCUAAUAUCGUUGCACUUAUUGGAUAUUGUGUGGGGCAUGGCAAUCACCUCCUUGUGUAUGAGUACAUAAGGAAUGUGACACUUGAUGAUGCCUUGCACAGUGUUCUGUGCAUGCCUCUGACUUGGAGCCUCCGACUCCGCAUUGCCAUUGGCGUUGCUAGGGCAUUGAAUUACUUGCAUACGUUCUGUGUCCCUCCCAUCACCCAUAGCAAUCUAAAGGCUGCCAACAUCUUGCUUGAUGAAGAUCUUAACCCUCGUAUUUGUGAUUGUGGACUAGCUGUCCUAAGACCACUGGCCAGCAACAGUGUUAAAAUCAAGGCUUCUGAGAUGGCUAUUGAAGAUAGUGGCUAUGUUGCGCCUGAGCAUGUCAAACGUGGAAGUGGCAACCCAAAGGCUGACAUCUAUUCCUUUGGUGUGCUGCUUCUUGAACUUUUAACUGGAAGGCGCCCUUUUGACAGUUCAAAACCAAAAGGAGAGCAGUCACUGGUAGAAUGGGCUUCUUCCAAGCUUCAUGACAGUGAGUCUUUGUUGGACAUGGUUGAUCCUACCAUAAAGAGAACAAUUUCCUCCAGGGCUCUCUCAUCUUAUGCUGACAUCAUUUCCCAAUGCAUUCAGCCAGAAAAGGAAUUCCGUCCUCAAAUGGCUGAAGUUGUGCAUUCACUAGUGUCAGUGUUACAGAAGUCUGGGCCAGAAAAAGCAAAGUCUGGAAAAGAUAAAGCCACAGCAGAAGGCAAUGAGGUUGACCCCUUUGAGCGAUCCUUUCGUUCAACCAACAGCCGCUUUUUUGCCUCACCAACUGCAAGCUACUACUCCAUCUGAUGAUCCUCUGCAAUGUGCUGAAUACCACUUUGUAUAGUUCUUUUCAUGCUAAGGACUUCUUCACAACCAUUUCCAUUCUUUUAUGGUGACGUGAUUUUGUAGCUCCAGUUCUAUUUUAGGCCUCGCUCAAUGCCAAUAAAAUUGUAGCAUCAGAAUGGAUGAUUGUAACAUAAAGUUGCAAUGCUCGUAUAGCCUCUAUAGAAUUUAAUGCAUACAUUGAUUUUUCGAGAGAGUACAUCCCUCGUAUCUUGCUUUUACCAGAUUCUAGUAUUGUU